GCAAACGUUCAAAAACGGUAUAUCUACUUGCGACUUUUGCCGGGUGGAAUUAGCAUAACCUCUUCAAAGUUCGUGCAAUUCUCACAGCUCAAGCGAGAAAAAUUAAUAUUAAACACCCAUAAAAUGUAUUUGGACCUGGUCGCCCGACAACGGUAUUGCUCUAACCAUAUUUUCAAUUGAUAAUUUAUGUUUAAUCAACUCAUUAGAUUCUACACGAAUUAUGGAAGUGGCCGGUAUCCAUACAUUUAUAUACACACAGACAGAUGCUCAACUUUAACUCGCAUAUUAGUGGGAGAUUAUCAUAUUCACAUGACCACAGAGUCCAAACCGAAUAGGAAGCGGAUGACUUUUCGUCACUGAUUAUUAACAUAUUGACGUUGAUUUGCAACCAAAACCGCACAGUUUGCUUAUUCAACUGAUUGGUAUCGAUUUAACUAUAAAUUUGGGCUGCAUGUUAUGAAGUGUUGUACUCAAACAAGAGUUUUCAAAUAACGAACAUCGUUUCCAACUAAAAACGGAAGUAGAUCUAUAAAACUUCUGAAAGAUGCGUGCUUUUGUGGUCAUGUGCUUCGUGGCUUUAGCCACUGCCGAUAAACUGGGCUACAACUAUCAGCCUGUGGGACACUCGGAUAGCGGAUUGUCCUUCACCCCUGGCAGCAGCGGAUUGGGCGGUGGCUCAACUGGCGGUCUUGGUGGUCUUGGAGGUCUUAGCGGCGGUCCUUCUGCUGGAUUAGGCGGUCUCAGCGGAGGCCUAGGAGGCUCGUUAGGUGGUCUAGGCGGUGGUUUAUCUGGUGGUCUUAGCGGGACCGGUGGUCCGAGCGGUUUGAAAGGAUAUGGCGGUUUGGGUGAUGGUGCAUCAGGUGGUUUGAGCAGUCUUGGUGGCUCCAUAGGAGGACUGGCUGGUCUAAACGGUGGUCUUGGUGGCUUGAGUGGUGGUUUAGCAGGCAAUCUCGGUGGUCUAGGCGGUAGCUCUUCGGGUAGUCUCGAAAGUAACUCAGACGGUAAUGACAGCAGUGAUUCUAGUAGCAGCAGUGGACCUAAUAGCAGCAGCAGCAGCAGCUCAGCUGGUGCACCAGGCGCAGUGGAAUACGAAAAGGAGUUCUACACAUACACUGCUGAUGACAAUGAUUUCGAUGAACCCGAAGCCAAUGAUCAAGCAAACCGCUCAGUAAAGAAGAACAUUCGCGUUAUUUUCAUCAAGGGACCCGAAAACAAUGCCUUGGAGAAUGCUGCCAUCAAUUUGGCCAGACAAGCGUCGGAACAGAAAACCGCCAUUUAUGUGCUGCAGAAACAAACUUCUGUGAGUGAUUUAGCCAAUAAACUGCAGGAUUCACAUGACGCCCAGAGUCAUCAGCCCGAGGUGCACUUUGUCAAGUACCGCACGCCAGAAGAUGCGGCCAAUGCACAAAAGGCCAUUCAAGCUCAAUAUGAUCAAUUGGAUGGACCAUCGCAAGCGCAUGACGGUGGUGUAGCUCCAGUGCAUAACUUCGCAUCGCCUGCUGCGCACGGUGGUCCAUCAGGCUUAGAUGGCGGUGUGUCUGGCCCAGCAGGUGGUGUAUCAGGUGGAAACGGACAAUUUGGUGGUAUUUCGGGCGGCCCUGGCAAGAGUAUACCAAGCGCUACAUAUUUGCCUGCCGCAAUCCUGCGCAAACUUCGUUUUUAGGUUACUACCUCGACCUUUGUUAUUGUGUUUCUUGUUAUGACUGUUAUGU